UGUUAAUUUUAAAAUGGCGCUGCAUAUGUGUUCGAUGCUUACACUUUUCUUUAGUGUUGUUGUAUUUGGAAAUGGGUUUGUGGUGGACGGUCAGUCGGACUUGGAGAACCGCUUAGCGAGUCUGGAAAGUCGUUUUAACGAGAUGGCUGAGUCAUGCGUUUACUGUCCAGAUAGUUCGCAUUCAGUGAAGUCACACCCAGCGUUCAUGGCAGCUUUGUCGACUGAUUUAAACAAUUGUAAUAAUGACUCUCCAGUCGUAUUUAAAAACGUGAAACUGAACGUUGGUUCGCCGUACGACGCAAGGCACGGCACGUUCAGAGCACCAAGAAACGGUACGUACUUCUUUGCCGCGACACUGACUGCGAAGCCGAACAACGGUUUCCACGUGAAAUUCGUUGUCAACUCUCUUACAAACGAGGUGGGAUACCUGUUUUCUGACACUCAACAUUCGGGCCAUUUCGAACGCUCUACGUCAAUUGUCGUUCAUCUGAACACUGGCGAUGACGUCUGGAUGGCUUGCGUUACUGGAGGGGCGAGUAACGUGAUUGGUGGAUACUCGGGUAUGCAGCACGACUACCAUUCGCACUUCGAAGGAUUUUUAGUUGAUUAAUUUAAAAUGAAAUGUGAUUGUAUGUGUAUGUAUUCAUCUCGGGAUUUUGUAUGUAAAGGUGUUAAAGUUAAGAUUGCUUUGUAUCUUCAAUCUAUUACUUAAUUUGUUGUUAAUUUAAUCGAAUGCCAUAUAUCCCAGUACAAAAAAAGUCAUGUGUAGAUUUCUUGAUAAUUAAUUCUUUGGACAAUAAACAACGCGGUUUUAUUCUAAUACCCAUGUAUUAAUUGCUUAAUAAAUACCACACGAUACAUGUGUUUGGUCGCAUACCACAGAAAAGAUUCGUGUCUUCCUAGUUUCAGGUUCAGUGUGGUCGAAUCGGUAAUUUUAAGGGGAUCACAUAUCGCAUUUUUUCUACUUUGACUUUGAGGUCCGUACACAUACUGAGUUCAUUGCAUAUGUUCUGUAAAGUCGGUGAUGAAAAUUGCAUAUGAAAAAUGAAACCGCAUAUAUUUGUAGAAUAGAUAUUGCAAAUACAAAUGAAAAACUCUUAAUUUUAACAUUAAACUCUAGAUCCUUUGGAUAUAAUUUCGGUUACAACAUUACCAAGUUUCAUACAUUUAUGUUGCGAUAAAAAGUUUGCUUUUUUAAAGUAAUGAGCAUAAUUUGCAUACUUCAUACGGACUCAUGUCAAUGACAUCCUGGUCUCAUCCCUCGCCCCUUAAAAUUGCCAAAGAAUAUAAAAGGCGAGAAGUUUUUUUUACAUGGUCGCCUCUAAUUUAUCCCCCGCCAAAUCGAAGGUUUCGGGAGAGGGAUUUUGUUUUGGCGUUGUCCGUCCGCCCGUCCUUCGUCCGUCCGUCCGGAACCAUAUCUUGGUAGGAAUUGAUCAGAAAAUGUUCAAUCUUGGUCAGAAUGUUCCCCUUGUUCAUAUAAUUUUACUCAGUGAACCUGCAAUUGUCUCCCCAAAAUCCAUAAUAAGAUGCUAUCACGUAAAAUCGAAUUUCGCAUUUUUUUCAUGAAAAACAAAUACACCAAUAGUUCAGUUAAAGAUGCUUGGAAGUGAAAAUGUAAUCAAGCAACUGCUUUCUUUGAGAAUACUGAUAGGUUUAAUGUAUAUAUUGAACAGAAAAGUGCGAUAAUGUCAAAAAACAUUGCGGUUUUGACAUUGGCAAUUUCAAAGCGCAAGGAACGAGACAGCGAUGUCCUUGACAGGAUUCAUAGACAUGCGUGUUGUGUUUUGUUCAUGUUAAUGUAUAAUAUGUGGCGACGAAAUUACUAAUUAAGGGUUUGGAAAUUGCGCACUCUUUCAUGUCUUCAACAAAUUUGAAGUUAGAUAUACUGCUACCUCUCCUUAUCUACUGUCCUCGUCGAAAUAUAAUGUUAUAAAGUCAAUCCUUAAUUCUCCGUUGUGGACAAUUUUAGUGGCACAUAUAAAUAAAAUGCAUCUGAAACUGUUCUUGUGUUUUGUUGGAGUUUUGGGAAGGACACAUUCGUUCAUACUAAAUGGAAA